AUGCAAUACAUUACUGCCCUCGUGGCACUCUCUGCCGGCUUUGCGGUGGCUAUGCCACAGCAGGGCUAUGGCGCUCCAGGAUACGCUCUUCCUCCAGGGUAUGGUACUCCAGGGCAGUCCACCAGCACUACUCCAACUGGGCCGCUCGCGACCACCUCCUCGGUGCCUCCAUAUGGUGCCAAGCCUUCCACCUCUUCGGUGCCACCACCAGCUCCUAUUGCUUCAACCAACUCUACCGUCCCGCCGGCUCCAUCCACCAUCUGCACUGAGAGCAAGACUUCUACCGUUCCUGGCACUACCAUUGAGAGCACGACCUCCACCACUCCAGGAAGCCCGAUCUCGAGCACUACUAUUGAGAGCACGACUUCUACCGUUCCUGGCACCACCAUUGAGAGCACGACCUCCACCACUCCCGGAAGCCCGAUCUCGAGCACUACUAUUGAGAGCACGACUUCUACCGUUCCUGGCACCACAAUUGAGAGCACGACUUCUACCGUUCCUGGCACCACCAUUGAGAGCACGACUUCUACCACUCCUGGAAGUCCGAUCUCGAGCACCAGCUGCACUGAGAGCACGACCUCCACCACUCCGGGAAGCCCCAUCUCGAGCACCACCGUCGAGAGCACCACCUCUACCACUCCUGGAAGCCCUAUCUCGAGCACGACCUCUACCACUCCUGGAUACCCGAUCCCAAGCACCACUAUCGAGAGCACCACCUCUACCACUCCUGGAAGCCCCAUCUCGAGCACGACCUCUACUACUCCUGGAUACCCGAUCCCAAGCACCACCAUCGAGAGCACGACUUCUACCACUCCUGGAAGCCCAAUCUCGAGCACCACCACCACCCCCGGUGUCCCAACGACAACUGCUCCUGCUUGCUUGACGACUCAGACCUGCCGUGCUGUUUCUCACUACAACACCAAGACUGUGCCAGUUGGCGAGGAGACGACUGUAUGGGUAGCCCCUUCCUCCUCGAAGUCUCAAGCUAAUGACAUGAAUAGGUUACCGUGACUGAGUUCCAGACCGAGACCAGCGUUGCGCAGGUUACGAAGACCGUCCAUGAGACCACUCUGAGUACGUGCAGCCGAAGCGGAAUGUCUCUACACACAACUAACUCGAUUGCUAGUCCCAUCGUCGUACAUUGAGACCCGCACCAUCACGGAGACCAAGACUGCCCGAGUCACAAGCUGGAGCCUCACCACCAUCUGCCAGACCUCCACCGUCCCAGUGAUCUCAAGCACCAUCGACUACGACACCGUCCAGUCGUCCUCCGUCGUCUUCACCCAGAUUCCAAAGGUCCUCACCAAAGUCACCGAGGUCCCCCACACCGUCACCACCAGCGUGCCAGUCCGUGAGACUUCGACCUCCGACUACGUGAGCUACACUCUCAGCGUGCAGACUGCAGUUUCCACCGAGUGCGUUCCCGUCACGACCUGCUCGAACACUGCUACUGUUCCCGGCCCAACUCAGAGCAAGCCCACCACCACUGUCCACUCUACCACGAACACCAUCCCCAACAGCCCCAUCUCUUCGACUUCCACCCAGCCAGGCUACGGUCCCGGACCAUCCACCACGAGCUCGACUCCUGCCGGCCCCAUUUCGUCUGGUCCUAGCGCUCCUGGCGUAAGUUCAUCCUUUCUCAAUCAUCCAUCAUGACAACGUCAGUACUAAUCUGCCAUUAUCCACAGUACGGACACGGCCCAUCUACCACCCCUAAGAUCCCCGCCCAGCCCGUCACCACCGGCCCAGCUUCCCCACCAGGCUACAACCUUCCUUCCGGCUACUAG